CUCUCCCCCCCUCCCAGCCAACACACUCACAUUCACACACACACACACACUGCUGGCAUGCGACCUGGAAGGCGGCUGCUCUGUGGCCCCGGGAAGGCGCUAGGCAAGGGAGCCAAGUUGCUUCCCUGCUCCGCGCUCCUCCUCCUCUAACCGGGGGUUUGGAGGAGGUCAGGACCGCAUCGAUCUUCCUGGCGAGAGAAGAGGGCGGCGAGUUUGACGCGCCGACGGCGGGGUUCCUCCACGUUCUUCCUCCUAGCCCUCCUCCUCUGUUCCGAUGCCCGGGCGGCGAGCGCGCCGUUCUCGCCUUCUCCCCUGAGGCAGACGGGGGUGGCGCGUCCGGAGCUGUCCAGCGCCAGGCAGGCAGAAGACGUGGAGGGCUCCAGACGGCCGGUGAACUCCGUACUCUUCUGCUCAGUCUGCCGCCCUGGAUCGACCGAAUGGCUUCCUUGUAUCAGCGCUUCGGCGGGAAGAUCAACACCUCCCGCUCCUUCCCCGUCACGCCCGAAGCCAGCCAUCUCCUAGGCCCCCGGUGCUCCGAGGAAGACGGGGCCGCCGCUGCUGUCGCCGCUGCCUCGGCCCACGCGGCCGCCGGAGCAGCCAAGGCUUCGCGCCCGUCUCAGCCGCACAACCCCAGACCUCGCUUCCAGUACCAGGCGAGGAGGAGCGACGGCGAGGAGGAGGAUGAGCUGGUGGGAAGCAAUCCUCCGCAAAGGAACUGGAAAGGAAUUGCAAUUGCUCUACUUGUGAUUCUGGUUAUCUGCUCCUUGAUUGUCACUUCUGUUAUCUUGCUGACACCAGUUGAAGAUAAUAGCCAGUCUCAGAAGAAGAAAAUUACAGUGGAAGAUCUAUUCAGCGAAGAUUUCAAAAUUCAUGACCCAGAGGCUAAAUGGAUAAGUGAUACAGAAUUCAUUUAUAGAGACCAGAAUGGCUCAGUGAUAGUGCACAAUGUGGAAACAAACCAUUCAACAGUUUUAAUAGAAAACAAAAUCAUUGUGUCUAUAAAAGCUAUUAAAUACGAAGUUUCGCCAGAUAGAGAGUAUGGACUCUUUGCCUAUGACAUUGUACCGAUGUACCGGUAUUCAUACACUGCUUUUUAUGUCCUCAGAAAGCUACCUAAUGGGGAGCCUCAAAAUCUCUACCCUCCCGAGGUUAGCAAUGCAAAGCUCCAAUAUGCGGGAUGGGGACCCAAAGGCCAACAGCUGAUAUUUAUAUUUGAAAACAACAUCUACUAUUGUGCUCAUAUUGGGAAGCAAGCGAUCCGUGUAGUCUCCACUGGAAAAGACAAAGUUAUUUUUAACGGACUCAGCGAUUGGCUGUACGAAGAAGAGAUCCUGAAAAGCCAGAUUGCUCACUGGUGGUCUCCUGAUGGCACAAGAUUAGCCUAUGCAACUAUUAAUGACUCCCGGGUCCCACUAAUGGAGAUACCCAUGUUCACCGGAAGCCUUUACCCAAAAGCGGAAGCCUACCACUACCCAAAGGUCGGGACAGAAAAUCCAAGCAUUUCCUUACAUGCAGUUGUGUUGAAUGGGCCUCCUCAUGUUCUAGAAAUGACUCCUCCAGAUGAUCCACGAAUGAGGGAUUAUUAUAUAACCAUGGUGAAGUGGGCAACCAGCACCAAGAUUGCAGUCAACUGGCUAAAUAGAGCACAGAACUUUUCCAUUCUGACUCUCUGUGAUGCAACCACGGGCGUCUGCACAAAGAAACACGAGGAUGAAAGCACAGCCUGGCUGCAUCGGCAGAAUGAAGAGCCCAUCUUCUCUAAAGAUGGCAAGAAGUUCUUUUUUGUCCGAGCAAUUCCCCAAGGGGGACGAGGCGAGUUCUACCAUAUUGCCAUGUCAUCAUCUCAGCCCAAUAGCAGCAAUGAUAAUUUACAGUCUAUUACAUCGGGUGACUGGGAUGUGUCCAAAAUUUUGGGCUAUGAUGAGAAGCAGCAUAAAAUCUAUUUCCUCAGCACAGAAGAGUUGCCAAGGACUCGGCAUUUAUACAGUGCCAGCACCAAGGGGAACUUCAACCGGCAAUGUCUCUCUUGUGAUUUGAUUAACAACUGCACUUACUUCCGUGCAACGUUCAGCCACAACAUGGCAUAUUUCCUAUUGACCUGUGAAGGUCCACGAAUUCCAAUGGUAACUGUUCACAGAACAUCUGAUACAGAAAAACUUUUUGAUCUUGAAGUAAAUGCCAGAGUGCAGAAGACAGUUGCAGAACGACAGAUGCCCAAGCGAGAAUAUCUUGAUAUCAAGAUUCAGGAUUACAAAUUGCCGCUGCAAAUUUUAAAGCCAGCCGUUUUCAUGGAAAACACACACUACCCUUUGCUCCUCAUUGUGGAUGGGACUCCUGGCACCCAGAGCGUAACAGAAAAGUUUGAAGUGAACUGGGAAAGUGUCAUGGUCAGCUCCCACAGUGCCAUCGUGAUGAAGUUUGAUGGGCGUGGAAGUGGAUUUCAAGGGACUAAACUCUUGCAUGACAUUAAAAGAAGACUGGGCACUGCUCAAGAAAAAGAUCAAACAGACGCUGUUCGGGCAAUGCUGGAAAAGGCAUUUAUUGAUAAGACUCGAGUUGCUGUGUUUGGGAGGGAUUAUGGUGGCUACUUGAGUUCAUACAUCCACUUUUCUGGAGAAGAAAAUAAAGAGCCAACCUUUUCGUGUGGCGCAGCUCUUUCCCCAUUGUCAGACUUCAGAUUGUAUGCUUCAGCUUUUUCAGAAAGAUACUUGGGAUUACAAGGGUUCGACAAUAAUAAGAUAUAUGAGAUUACUAAACUCUCUCAUCGAGUAACAUCCGUGAAAGACCAAAACUUUUUGAUCAUCCAUGCAACAGCUGAUGAGAAAAUUCACUUCCAGCACACUGCAGAGUUCAUUACUCAUCUAAUUAGGACAAAAGCUAAUUACAGUUUGCAGAUCUACCCCGACGAAGGUCACUACUUCAACAGCCCAACCCUGGAGCAGCAUUUGUACAAGUCCAUUGUCAAUUUCUUUGUGGAAUGUUUCAAAAUCCCAGACAAAGCCCCAGUGAUUUCCACGAAAGAAGACGAGGAUGAAGAUUAACUUUCUGGGUUUGUGCUAAGAAGCACAAGGCGACUUCUCCACAAAAAAAAAAAAAAAAAAAAAGAUAUGCAACUAAAUCCUCCCGAUUUCCCUUCCCUGACGAAAGGAGUGUUAUGUGAGCAUGUAUUUAAGAAAAGCGAAAACGGAAUAGCAGUCCUGGUGCUGGUAUCGGAGCUCCUGCCUUCUCAAACGGAAAAAUAUUUAAGCAUGAGGAACUCAGCAGGUGCUGCUGUUGAGAACCGAUCCCUAUGAACAAAAUGGCCGCGGUGUGAUUUCUGAUUAAAGAGUCUCAACUGGGAAACUGAACUCUGAAGGCAAAUUCACCCACAAGGCAACCCUUUGCAUUGCUCAAAUGCAAGUCCCAGAAAUGAAUAUAAAACCCACCCUCUGUCUGUGUUAUUUAGCAUCUCAUUGUUUCCUAUAAAAUGAACCACCCAUGGAAUAAAGAUUAUAGCACAAUUAUUUUUCGAGGGUACUGAAUUGUGUGUUGUUUACCUGUCGUCUUCUGCAUUUCCAAGAAAUUAGGCAUUGCUGCAGAAAUGCUCAGUUAUACAGGCGUUUUCUUUGUAUAAAGCACCGCUGUAGCUUGACUAACCUUGCACUGUACAGGCAUUUCUCUAUAUAUAGUUUUUAGCUGUUGCCCCCUUUCACUUCAGCCUUGCUCUACUAAAACUUUGUUGCUGCAACGUGCUCUGGCUUUAAGAAAAACCUCUUUAAAGCUUAGAGAGCCACAGGAGUUCCAGUUUAAGAUUAUUAUUUUUUUUAGAUAUUCUGGAACUCUUCCCGUUUGUUUCUUUAACGCUCCCAACAGCAAUUUAGCUUUAUGGAUUUGAAUUGUCCAAUAUUAACCAAUAUUUUGUCUUAUGCUUUCUUUAAAAAGUCCUUUUUUAGAGGGACAAGGUUAGCUGCAUGGCUGGUUGUCAUCCUACAAUAUCCCCAAGUCACUAGUCCCUAUUGCCGCGGAUUGGCAGGAUUGAGAAAAUGUGAGAAGUUAGUCUCAAAAGAUCAUGUCUUAAUCGUGCUUGGAGUGUCUUGUAUCAGCAAGUGGACAGCUUUCAUGGAAAUGGGAAUUGCUGCUCUUGAACUGCUUCUCAUGCUUUUAUCAAUAGCUACAGCUUCUGUCAUUUAUACUGUUACCUUCAUAAUAUUACACAGCUUUUAAUUAGUCCUAACACACUGCCUUAUCUGUACGUUGUGUUAAUGUAAUGAUAAAAAUCUGGGUUGGGGCAUUGCAGGUUUGCCUCUCUUUUUUUUCCUUUGAUUUUUUUUUUCCUGGAAUUUUGAACACAGUCAUUUCUUUCUUCGAGUUCAGAGGAGACAAGAUUAAACAGUCCAUAUUUUUACUCCUUGAAUUCCUCUCCUUCUCCUCCCCCUCCUUCUCUUUUCUUUUGCUUUGCUACUGUCCCUCCCUGUAAAUUAUUCUGACCCAAUGUACAACUAAUAUGAAUAUUGUAGACUUCAUUUUGUUGUGUAUAAAAGGAAUGUAAAGUCGAAGAUUUGUCAAGUUCCCUUCUGCUCUGGCAUCUUGGAUUAUUAUUCUUACUCUUAACGUCUUGUGUUCUACAUGCAUGUGAGAAGCUUUGUUUGCUUACUAGGGCCCCUUAGAGGUGUUCAUUCAGACUAAAUUAACUCUGUGGCUCCUUUUUUUUAUUGUUUUUGACAGCUUGAAUGUCAGUGCAGGUUUCUGCAUCUUUUACAUGUAUUGUUGAGAGAACACACAUCCAAGACAGCAGGAGAAUUGGUGAUCUACUUCACCCAGCUUUUUUUUUCUGCCUCUGCUUUAUUUUAGGUUGAAAUUGUUAGCUGUUGGUGGCAAUUAGAUCCUCAUGGGAGAUAUACCAGUAAACCAAACCCCAAGGCAAAGGGGGAGGGGGGAAUCAGGAAUCUCGUUGAUUAUUUUUUCCCCCCUUUCAUAGUUUACUCUGCAUCAAGAGUCAUAUAGAAAGCUACUGCAGAAUAAUCCAUUCCUUCAGCCAAAUGCCAAAUAGACCAUGUCAAUGGUACGGGUCCAGGUUUCGCUAACCUUAUAGGCCAGGAUGCCUGAGCUGAUCUUGCUCCAGAGGAGGUGACCCCUUGCUCUGUUUAUAAAAUUUUGUAAAGAAGAAGCCUGGUGUGGCACAAUAGUGUUUGUUGAUCCAUGAAAUAAAGCAUUAUUUUACCUUC